AAUGGGCUAAUCAUCUUAAAAUAUUUCUGUGGUUUCAGUUGUGCUCCUACGCUCAGGAAUGGGCUAACCAUCUGGCCAAGACAGACAACUUCCAACACCGAUCUGAUCGCAAGUAUGGGGAGAAUAUUUACAUGAGCUGGACUUCUGAUCCUAAAACCCAGAUAUCUGGAAGGGAUCCAGUUGACAACUGGUAUAGUGAGAUUAAAGAUUAUGUCUUCGGGAAAGAGCCUCGAACCCUUGCCUCAGGUCAUUUCACACAGGUGGUGUGGCGCUCUAGUACCGAAAUGGGCGUGGCCCACGCUCGAAGUAAGACUAAUAAGAUCAUUGUCGUCGCAAACUACAACCCAGCCGGAAACUUGGUUGGAAGUUUUACUUCAAAUGUUCCUGCUCCUAAAUAAUUAACCCUUGAAGUUUCCGGUUGACGUUUCACCACCAAUACCAUCUUUAAAGUUGUUGUUGUUGUUGUUGUUAUUAAGUGAUUAAAUAGCAGUUAAUAUCUGUA